UAAAGCUUAGACUUAGACCCAGCAAAAUGUCAAUGAGGACAGGACGGUGGUUUGUGUGUGUUGAAAUGGCUGAGGCAUCAGCAGUCCCGCGGUGUGUUCUGUAGCUCUCAGGGUCGAUGGAUUUCCAAAACCUCUGCACUUUUGAAACUUUCCAGCAGGUUUGGACUCACUACGGUUAUGAGGCGGAUUUAGAGGAAGUGAUCGAGCAGGAGUUCACACGAAUUAAAGGAAUAACAUAUCUGGAUCAUGCAGGAACUACUCUGUACCCAGAGUCUCUGGUCAGGGACUACAGCUUGGACAUUACAAGGAACGUUUAUGGAAAUCCUCACAGCUAUAACCCCAGCAGCAGACUGACACAUGACACCAUGGAGAGGGUCAGAUACAGGGUAUUGCAGCAUUUUAACGCCCCCUCGGAGGAGUACUCUGUGAUUUUCACUUCUGGAUGUACAGCCGCUCUCAAAUUAGUGGCCGAGAGCUUUCCCUGGAGGCUGCAGACUGAAGGCGAGGCGGGGAGUCACUUCUGCUAUCUCACUGACUGCCAUACCUCUGUAGUUGGCAUACGAGGACUGACUUCUAGCCAGGGAGUAGUUGUGCUGCCUGUCUCCCCGCAGGAGGUGGAAAACAGGGCAAAGGAUGUGGCUCAAGGUGAAGAUGUUAUUUGCCAGACGCUGCACCUCUUCUGCUACCCAGCACAGAGCAACUUCUCUGGGAGGAAGUAUCCCCUUAGCCAUGUGAAAGGCAUCCAGGCGAGACGCCUUUACCCAGCAUGUGACCACCGAGGCCGCUGGCUUGUGCUGCUGGAUGCUGCCUCUCAUGUCAGCUGUUCCCCUCUAAACCUACAGGACUGCCCCGCUGAUUUCAUUCCCAUCUCCUUCUACAAGAUGUUUGGCUUCCCUACAGGGCUGGGGGCCCUUCUUGUCCGUAACGACGCAGCAGGCAUACUAAAAAAGACUUAUUUUGGAGGAGGCACAGCAGCAGCUUACCUUUCUGGAGAAGAUUAUUAUGUGCAUUCAGCAAACAUUUCUGACAGGUUUGAAGAUGGGACUGUCUCUUUCUUGGACAUUAUUGCUCUAAAUCACAGUUUUGACGCUCUUUACAAGAUCACAGGGGGCAUGCACAACAUCCAACAGCACACCUUUGGCUUGGCACGCUACACUUACAUGCUGCUGUCAAGUCUUUGCCAUGGCAACGGGAGACCAGUGGCUCGAAUCUACACUGACGGCCAGUUUGAGAGUCCAGGCACACAGGGCGCAAUCCUAAACUUCAACCUCAUGGAUUCUCAUGGACAGAUAAUUGGGUAUUCUCAGGUGGACCGAAUGGCCAGUCUGUACAAUAUUCACGUGCGCACGGGCUGCUUCUGCAACACCGGGGCCUGUCAGUCUUUCCUCGGGAUCACCAAUCAGCAGAUGAAGAGAAACCUGCAGGCCGGCCACGUCUGUGGAGACAGCAUCGACCUGGUGGACGGCCAGCCGACCGGAUCUGUUCGCGUGUCCUUUGGCUACAUGUCGACAUUUGAAGACUGUCAAAAGUUCCUGAACUUUGUUGCUGAGUGCUUUGUAGAGAAACCGGUCACGGUGGAUCAAGUGCGACUCCAGAAGCUAAAAACAACAACAGCAGCGUCCGAGGGCUCAAAUGAAGAUCCUCCUAUCAAAUUGACUAAUGGAGAAAUAUGUAAAGUAGAUGAGAAGGAGCCCACAGCAGCAUCACUGAAGGGAUUUGGACACCGAGACUCAAACAGCCACGGGGAGGCUUAUACUCUCACCAAUAUCUACAUAUAUCCCAUCAAAUCGUGUGCAGCAUAUGAGGUCCACGACUGGCCAGUGGGACCGCUGGGUUUACUAUAUGACAGAGGCUGGAUGGUGGUGAAUGGAAACGGCGUGUGCCUGAGUCAGAAGAGAGAGACACGUUUAUGCCUCAUUCGCCCACAAGUCCACCUGCCCUCAAACAAAUUGCUCCUGCAGGCAUCAGGGAUGGAUACCAUUUCUGUUCCCUUGGAAAACAACGCUCAAAAGCAUCCAAGCUACCGGGUGUGUCAGAGUAAAGUUUGUGGUGACAGGGUGGAGACUGUCGACUGUGGGGAUGAGGCUGCAUCAUGGCUUUCAGACUUCCUUGGACAGCCAUGCCGCCUGAUAAGACAAAGUCCUUAUUUCACCCGAGACAUCAAGAAGAGGCCUAGCGGAGCUGCCUCCUCCGCGUCCCUCUCCCUGGUGAAUGAAGCUCAGUAUCUCAUGAUCAGUCGUGCCAGUGUGGAGCUCAUUCAGAAAGAAAUGAGCAGCAGGCAGGACUAUUCUGAGGGCAAUCAGCUCCUUGACACACAGAAUGUCAUUAGCCGCUUCCGAGCCAAUUUAGUCAUCACUGGAGUAGAACCAUUUGAGGAAGAUAAUUGGUCACACUUGAUUAUUGGCAACACUCAAUUCGUGGUUGCAGGUCAGUGUGGAAGGUGCCAGAUGGUUGGAGUAGACCAGGAAACUGGGACCAAAACAAAAGAGCCACUGAUGUCCCUGUCAGCUUACCGCAGUGGGAAGGUGACCUUUGGUGUGUACCUGACCCAUCAGCUACCAAAGGGUUCCCCUGCAGCCAGUGUCCUCACUGUUGGCUCCCUCCUAAAGCCAGAGUCAAAGGGUUCUUGAAGUGGUCAUCUGCAUCAACAUCCUCUUUUAUUUAUUUUGUCAACAUAUUUGAUGUAGCAGUCAUUUCUGCACUGCAUGUCCUAAAGAUCACCUGUCAUACACUGUGGGGUGUUUCUGUAGAUGCUGCUCUUUUCUGUCUGUGUCGCCCUGAUGUCUUUUGUCCUCUCAAGCAUCCUUUUCGUGCCUGAGUGUUCAGAUUUUAUUCAAUCUGAGUCUGUUUUGAUGGGAAAUUAAUUAGAUUUCUGGAUUUUUCUCCCAUGGUGAUGUUUUUAAAGUGUGUGGAGUAAAGUAGAUGUGAAGCAUUAAUUGCAUGACAAAAUUAGAAAUUGAAUUUUUUACUGUUAUUUUAGCCAAAACAUGUCAGGCUUGAUGCUUUAAUCACUGUUCAAGUUAACCUCCCAGACAGUUCUUCCACUGUUUCUCCCCAUGGAGGUUUAUAUUGCUAUUUAUUCCAAACACAACACUGUUGCUGCUGCCAGAGAUCUGAGACAUAUUGCUCCUUGUAAUGAAAAAAAAAAAGGCUACCAGACACUCAGCGCUCAGUGUAUGCUCCCAAAGUGAUGCUGACUUGGACAUAAUAGUUUGUCAGAAAGCGUAAUAAUUUGAGGUAGAAGAUAGAAAAUUUGUAAUUCCUGAGAAAAACAGUGAGGUUAGACAUCUUGGCACCAGAAAUUAUAUGUUCAGCUUGACAUGCUUGUACAUAAAGUACGUGUGUGCUCAAAUGAUCUGUCAACGUCUUGCAGUUAAAUUGGUCCUAUAUGCUCACCUGUGGUGCAGUUACAAGAGUGAGACGAGGUGGUUGCUGUGUAUCCCAAUGUUUCGUACUGCUAAUAGCAUGUUUGUCAGUAUGUGUGUGCCCAAGGCCUCCCAGACAAAAGCUGAACAAAAUAUAUAGACGGAUGACAAAUGAAGUAAAAGUAAAUGCCUAUCUAAUGUGGUGUUAUGCGGUAUUUCGAUGACGGUGGUGGACAGUGCUGUCUAGCACGUCACUCCCCAAUCCCGAUUUGGUUGAGAUCUGGUGACUUCAUAGGCCAUCGCAUAUGAUUCACCUAAUUUUCAUACUCAUCAACUCCUUCGGUGACUCAUCUGCUCUGGUUGUUUUUUUUAAUAUGCCACAUCUCUACCUCUUACAAAUACACAGACUCUUGCACUGGUGCAGCAGUCUGUGCACUCUAACAAUGAUUGUUGCUGAGAAGUUUCUAAUUGUUUUUAAUCAGUGAUGUAUGUGUGUUUGAUUUAUUAAUUUUUUACCAUGAACAUUUAAAGUGUGAAAUAAAAUGAAUAGAUUUCCAGAACCUUGCAAAAUACCUGAUUUUAAAUUAAAUAAAACAGCAGAAGGCAUUGCGUCGUAUAUAUA